AUGACAGAGAGACAGCGCGAUGCGUAUGACCGAGUCCUGAAUGCGAGUAGAUAUUUAUCGCUACAGCGGGAGCAGCUUGGCGAUGCAGAAGCGCAGGCGGUCGCUGAGGCUCUCAAAGAGAACACGGUGAUUGGCGAUGCUGGUGCAAAGGCAAUUGCAGAGGCACUCAGACUGAACAAGACGCUGCAACAUCUCUAUCUGCAACAGAAUCAGAUUGGUGAUGAUGGAGCGCUGGCCAUUGCUCAAACGCUCAGAGUGAACACGACGCUGCACACGCUCUAUCUGAACGACAAUCAGUUGGGUGAUGGUGGAGCACAGGCGAUUGCUGAGGCACUCACAGUAAAUGGGACGUUAGCAACACUCUCUCUGGGUGAGAAUCAGAUUGGCGAUGCUGGAGCGCGCGCGACUGCAGACGCACUCAAAGUAAACAAGGCGCUGACUGAGCUCCAUCUGAGUGGCAAUCAGAUUGGCGAUGCUGGCGCGCAAGCGAUUGCUGAAGCACUCAAACUGAACACGACACUGACUCAGUUCUACUUUUACAAGAAUCAGGUAGGCGAUGCUGGAGCGCAAGCGAUUGCAGAGGCGCUCAAAGUGAACUCGUCGUUGACUGAGGUCAACUUGGACACAAACCAGAUUGGCGAUGCUGGAGCGCAGGCGAUCGCUGAGGCACUCAAAGUGAACACGACGCUGACUGCGCUCAAGCUUAACAAUAACUGCAUCAGCGACGUUGGCGUUCAAGCGAUUGACGGGGCGCGCAACGGCACUCUGACCAACCUUGUCAUCUCCCGCCAGAUAAACCCUCUUGCAUUCUCCUUACUUCCACGCAAAGCAACUGCUGAAGACACUCAGACCGUGUUUCGAUUGCUGAUUCGUGGGCCGGAACUGAACGACCAAUCCGCACAUCUGCCACUCCUACCUGCGGAGAUUGCCGAGCGCAUCAUGGACGAAGCGUAUUACUUUCCAGGCAUCCAGCGCACGAAGCGAGAAUGGUUCUUGAGCGAUCAACCGAACAAUGCUCUGAAAGUCACCAUGCCUCGAAGCAUCGAUGGAAAUUCCAUCCGCGUGAAGGCAAUUCAAGUGCUUCGUGCACAUCUCGAUGUCGCACAGAGCAGCGUUUUCGAGUUGAUUGUCCGAGAUGAGCACGUGACUCAUCCCAUCAUCCGGCAAAUGCGCGAGGGUUGGGAGAUCCAACUGCGACCGUGGUUUGCACAGGAGGUGCUGCUCGAGUCUCUGUACGUCGGAUAUGUUUAACGACAGUUUCACAAUGGCUUGUGUGUCCAAUACAUUGAAAGUUCCCGACAGUGUUCAAGGCCAGCCUUCCCCGUUGUCCAUUCCAAUAAACCCAACAAACAGCCUUCGUGUUCCAAAG